CAUUACCUUUAAUAUUCAUUGCCCCUCUCUCUUAUCCUUUCCAUUGAUACAAAUGUACCAUUCUCUUCCUAAGCCAUUUCUUUGGCAUUAAUUUAAUACAUAUUCAUCCAUUGUUGUUUUGUGGUCGCCGACGCCACCUUCACCGUCGUCGGAGACCAACUAUACAUCUUCUAGCUACUUCACCUUAUGGGUCUACAAACUCUCCGUGAAUCGUAUUCCGGUCCGUUGUCCUCAACCACAUUUCAUAAGGAUCAUCAUUACCAUCACCAUCACCACCACAGUUACUCUCCUCAUGACCAGUGUCUGUUCGAGUUUUCUACAAAAGACGAGACUAACAAUCUAAUCUCGCCUUUUGAAAAACUCGAACGCCUGAGUCAAAAUGACAUAAGAGAAACUGCCUACGAAAUAUUUUUCACGGCAUGUCGGUCGUCUCCCGGGUUUGGAGGCCGGAACGCACACUCGUUCCAUUUAAAUAGUAAUCUAAAUGAGAAUAAGUCGAGUCAGGUGGUGAUGUCGCCGACGAGUAAGGUGAAGAAAGCUUUAGGUUUGAAGAUGUUGAAAAGGUCACCAUCGAGGAGAAUGACGUCGGGUGGAAAUAGUGGAGGGCCGUCUUCGCCUAUUGGCGGAGCCAGCCCUUUUAAUACCUACAUGUCGGUGUUCAGGCCACGGAGGCCGAUGACAUCCGCAGAGAUCAUGAGGCAACAAAUGAGGGUGACAGAGCACAAUGAUAAUCGCUUGAGAAAAACCAUCACCAGGAUUCUCGUUGGCCAAGCUGGAAGAAGAGCAGAAACAAUAAUCCUACCAUUAGAACUUUUGCGCCACUUAAAACCAUCAGAAUUCAGCGAUUCUCAUGAGUACCAUAUGUGGCAAAAUAGACAACUCAAAGUCCUUGAACUAGGCCUUCUCUUAUACCCUUCAAUACCUGUAGAAAAAAACAACACAUUCGCCUCGCGCCUAAGAGACAUCAUUCGCAACAUCGAAACUAAACCAUUAGACACAGGCAAAAACUCAGACACAAUGAGAACACUUUGUAACUCUGUUGUUUCAUUAGCAUGGAGAGGUCCAAAUGGAACACCAACUGAUGUUUGUCAUUGGGCUGAUGGAUUCCCUCUCAACAUUCAUUUCUACAAUUCACUUCUUCAAGCUGUUUUUGAUAUUAGAGAUGAGACAUUAGUCCUUGAUGAAAUUGAUGAGUUACUUGAGUUGAUUAAAAAGACUUGGUCUAUAUUGGGAAUAAAUAAGCAAAUUCAUAAUGUUUGUUUUUCUUGGGUUUUGUUUCAACAAUAUAUAUCAACUGGUCAAGUUGAAUCUGAUCUUCUUUGUGCUUCACAUGUUAUGUUGAAUGAGGUGGCUAUUGAUGCCAAAAAAGAAAAAGAUUCUUUUUAUCUUAAGUUGUUGACAUCUGUUUUGAGUUCAAUGCAAAGUUGGGGUGAGAAGAGGAUGCUUAAUUAUCAUGAGUUUUUUCCUAGAAGGACUAUUGGACAAAUUGAAAGUUUUCUUCCUUUGGUUUUAUCUAUCUCGAAGAUUUUGGGUGAAGAUCUGGUAAUAUUUGGUGACGGCGAAGGAAGAGAGAAAGGAGACGUUACGAUUGUUGAUUCAUCUGGAAAUAGAGUUGAUUAUUAUAUUAGAUCUUCCAUGAAAAAUGCAUUUGACAAGGUAAUUGAAACAGUAAAUUACAAAUCAGCAGAAUUGGAUAUGAAAGUAGAACUAAGUGAAAUCCUACUUCACAUAGCACAAGAGACAGAAGACUUAGCAAUAAAAGAAAGACAAAAUUUCAGUCCAAUUCUAAAGAAAUGGCACAAUGCACCAGGUGCAGUUGCAGCAUUGAUGUUGCACAGUUGCUAUGGUCAUGUGCUAAGGCAAUAUUUAAGUGAAGUGACUUCACUCACUCGUGAGGCAGUUAAGGUACUUCAAAAAGCUGGAAAACUUGAAAAAGUUUUUGUUCAAAUGGUUGUUGAAGAUUCUAGUGAGAGUGAUGAUAAUGCUAAAACAGUUGUGAGAGAUAUGGUUCCUUAUGAAGUUGAUUCAGUUAUAUUGAAUCUUUUGAGAAAAUGGAUUGAUGAGUCUUUGCAUAAAGGAAGGGAGUGUUUGCAAAGGGCAAAAGAAACUGAGACAUGGAACCCAAAGUCCAAAGUAGAGUUGUAUGCACAAUCAGCAGCAGAGCUUGUGAAAUUGGCCAAAACAACUGUGGAAGAUUUCUUUCAAAUUCCAAUUGGAAUAACUGAAGAAUUAGUUCAAGAUCUUGCUGAUGGAUUGGAAAGUCUCUUCCAAGACUACACUAUGUUUGUUGCCGCAUGUGGUUCAAAACAAAGCUACAUUCCUCCGCUACCUCCACUAACAAGAUGCAAUCGCGAUUCAAAGUUCAUCAAACUAUGGAAAAUAACUACCCCUUGUGGUGCAAAUAUAUCAGAGGUAGAUCAUAUAAAUGAAACAAAUGAAGGCCAUCAUCCAAGACCAUCAACAAGCCGAGGAACGCAACGCCUAUACAUUCGUCUGAACACCUUACACUACCUCCUUUCUCAAAUUCAUUCUCUCGAAAAAUCGCUAUCUCAGAACCCUGGCUUAGUACCUUCAACAAGACACUGCUUCACAAACAACCUCAGAACACAAAGCACAAAAACUGGCCCAUAUUUUGAAAUAGUUAACUCUUCAAUCCCAGCAGCAUGUCAACAUGUUUCUGAAGUGGCAGCAUACCGUCUCAUAUUCUUGGAUUCAAACUCAGUUUUCUAUGGCAGCCUCUACGUGGAAGAUGUUUCCAAUACACGAAUUAGACCAGCAUUGAGAAUCCUAAAACAAAAUCUCACACUCAUGACGACACUAUUAGUUGAUAGAGCUCAACCCUUAGCUAUGAAGGAAGUAAUGAAAGCUUCCUUCGAUGCAUUCUUAAUGGUUUUGGUAGCUGGAGGAACCUCAAGAGUGUUCAAUAGAUCAGAUCAUGUGAUGAUUCAAGAAGAUUUUGAGAGCUUGAACAAGGUUUUCUGCACUUGUGGUGAAGGAUUGGUGUCAGAAAAUGUAGUGGAGAGAGAGGCUGCAGUUGUGGAAGGUGUGAUUGAAUUGAUAGGAUUAAACACUGAACAAUUGAUGGAAGAUUUCAGCAUUGCAAGUUGUGAAACAAGUGGGAUUGGAAUGAUGAGUAUUAGUGGACAAAAAUUGCCUAUGCCACCUACUACUGGUAGAUGGCAUAGAUCAGAUCCUAACACUAUAUUGAGAGUUUUGUGCCAUAGAAAUGAUAGAGCUGCUAAUUAUUUCUUAAAGAGGAACUUUCAAUUAGCCAAGAGGAGAUAAUAUAUCAAUUUCAACAACAAAUAUUAUAUAUAAGUAUAUAUAUAUAUAUUGACAUAUUGUACCUCUUGGUGAUAAUAUGGAUGAAUGCAUUAAUAUUAUUGGUAUAAAGUAUAUUGUAUAACAAAAUAUUAAUGCAUUGUAACAAGGAAGAAUAUAAAGGAUGAAAGUGAGGGGAAGAAGAAAAGAGGUUGUCAAAUAUUGAAGAAAGCGAUGGCAUUUUGGACAUACAAGAGACUACUAAUGAUGGUUACAGAAUCUGUGUUGAAUUGUAUAUUUACUCACAGAUAUUCUUUAAUUUUUUUUCUUUUUUGAGGAGAAAAAGAGAGAGGGAUUAUUAAAUGAUAUUUUCUUAGUGUACAGUUUGUUGAUAUUGCAUAUAGUCUAUGAGUAGCAUGUAUAGCUGGGAUAUGCUACCAGCAGUUAAGCUACAAUAAGUCUAAACUGCAGAUUACAGAAAACAUGAAAGAAAAAUAUUUUUUUCUUUUCUAA